ACAAACUCAGUACCAAGUACAAAACAUUUUACCAAGACAGAAUCAAGGAGGCUCGGUAAAAUGAAAGGAAACUGGAACUGGAGCUGUAACAGUACGUUUCAAAAAGGCCUGUUACCUCCCAUCUACAGUGUGGAGAUGUGUGUGGCGCUGGUGGGGAACAUACUGGCGCUGUGGCUGCUUGUGACUAAGGAGAAGAAGAACUGGCACAUGGGAGUGGUGUUCUCCUGCAACCUGGUCAUCAGUGACAUCUUUUACGCCCUCACGCUGCCCAUUCUUAUCGACUAUUAUUCAAGAGAUCGACAGUGGAUAUUUGGUGAUGCUGUCUGCAAAAUAGAGUGCUUUCUCUUCACCUGUAACCUCUACGUCAGCAUUUACUUCAUCAUGUGCAUCAGUGUUCAUCGAUACCUAGCCAUCGUUCAACCAAUCUUCACGCGCAAACAUAUUCGCCCAAAACACGCCAAGAUCAUCAGUGUGUUCGUCUGGAUCUUUGUGGCAAGCAUUUCAUCUCCACUUCUCUACUUUUCAGGUGUCAAUGGGGACAGAUGUUUCUUAUUUGCAAAUCUACUCUAUGCAUCAAACCUAAAGUCUACCUACAGGGUGUUUAUGGGUGUUAUAGGCUGCUUGGUCCCAUUUGUAGUUACUUUUGUAUCCUAUUUUGGUGUAAUAAUGGCUGUUUUUAAAAAUGCAAAUAUCACCUCAGUCCAGAAGAAAAAAGUGGCUCUGAUUAUUGGAUUAGUCUGUGUCUUGUACACUCUGUCUUUUGUCCCCUAUCACAUUCUACACAUAGUGAACUUUAAACUGAAUGAAGACAGAAAUGCUUAUUGUUAUGUGCAUAAUGGAUACCAAGUGUCAAAGGCAUUAGUUUGUCUGAACAUGUGCCUCAAUCCCAUCCUGUAUAUGGCUGUGUCUGACAGUAUCAGGGCAGUGUGCUGUACAAGGAGCUCAAAUGUAUCAAACUUACAAAUCACAGUUGGAGAACACUCGUCAAAAAACCUUGAAUUGAAAUCCAGAAACUGAGAUUGAAAACCAUUUUCUUUCCUUCAAAGACUUGUGUUGAUUUGGAUGUAUGUUUGGGGUCAUUAUCAUAUUGAAAAAUUCAACUAUGGCCAAAUUUUACCCUUCUGGAAGAGGCAGCCAUGUUUUGGGCUAAUAAUGUUACUGUAGGUAAUAAAACUGAUAAUACACUCAACACUCACAAGUUGUUAAACAGCCCCAAAAGAUUAAUGAUGUGACUCCAUAUUUUAUUUUACAGUGGGUUUGGGGGAUUGUGCUUGUAUGCAGUUGAUAUUGUCACCAAACAUUCAUUUUGGUCUAAUCUAAACUGAAUCCAGUCCUAUAAUUUUUUUUUUACUUAGAAAUAAAAUAAGUUUAUUAGUGCAUGCUGAGGGAUUUGUUUUAUGUUCUGAAUACAACAGUCUGAUUGUAUUUCUCAACAUCUAGUUUAAGGGAGCAGCAAGAGAAAAAGUUCCUUGCCAUGUAUUCUCCAACCUCAUCAGGCAUUAUAUGUGAAUACUCAGAGCUGUUAUCUUGGCAAAGCGAGGUAACACAAAGUAUUGACUAAAAGGGUGCCAAUAAUUGUUGCACAUCUAUAUUUAACAAAGAUAUAUUUUUGAGAAAUCUGUGUUUUGUUUGCAACAGAUUGAUAUCCGUGAGAGCAGAGUAUUUUUGUGAUUUUUUUUUUAACAGAAGAUCAAACGGAAAAACAAUAAAGACAAAUCUUCACAGCUUUCUUUGCUCAUAUUUACCAAGGGUGCCAAUAUUAGUGGAGGGCACUGUAAAUAAAAUCCAUAAAAGUGUUGCAGCUAUGGAAUACAGUAUGUAUCUGCUGAGAUCGAUUGGAUGUAAGAACAUAAUAGAAUAAAAUGCAUUGACUAUAACAUGCAUGCUUUUUUUCUUUCUUUUUCUUUCUUUUUUUCCAUUUAUUAUGUUCGCCUGCAUUAUGUUGCAUUAAUAGAAUUUUCACCGACUUAACCUAAUUACAUCAUAAAGAAGCUGUGGGUGCAAUCAUUGUUGAGAUAAAAUAUGAACCAGCACUAACUAAACACACACACAUGUGGUACCAAUUUUACCAAACAGUGUAAUUUGAUGAAUAAGUGAAAUAUUCUUCCAUUACUGACUGCAUUCUGCCUAAAGAUAUACUUGUGCCAUGUAAUCAUGUUCAUUUAAAUAUUUCUUGGAUAUUCUGCUGUAUUUUAGUCCUUACAUACAUACAUACAAUCAUGUGAAAACAUAAGUACACCCUAUGGAAAUACCCUAUAAAUACACCCUAUUUAGCAGCAGAUUGCUGAAAGAGCGCUACCGCAGAUCCUUCAUCCCUACAGCAGUCAGACUCUUUAACGCAACAACAACAUAAUAUAGCACUGCUAGCUGGUUUUUUGCAUCAUCAACCUACACAUUAUUAUUAUUUGUGGUAUAUAUUCAAAUUUGUAUUCACCUGUACAUACAUUGAGGUGCCCAUAGUAUACUUAUUUUAAAAAAUUAAGUGUUUAGAGUAAACCUUGAAAUGAAAAUAUGAAACUGACUACAUUGAUGACAGGCCAGGACUCGAUAUUACAAUGUCAUUUAGCAAUUAAAAACAGUAUAUGAAGCUUCUUAAAGUUAAAUGUAAAGAACACGUUAAAUAGUUCAUUAUGACUUCUUAAGCAUGUAAAACUGAGUUUUAAUUGUGUAUCAAGAUUUAAUCUAACGUUUGAAUGCAAACAUGGGUCUGGAGGCUGUAAAUGAAUGUUCUAUACUAUUCCUAAUUUAUUCUAAUACUGGUGCUUUGCAUUGCUGUUUUUAGGAGGCUCAAUAAAAUGGUAAGAAACGGGAGCUGUGCUCAGGGAUUGUGCAUGUGUGCAGUUGCUAUUGUCACCAAACCUUUAUUUUAGUCUCAUCUAAACUGAUUCCAGUUGUAAAUUCAGUAAUGAGAAGCUCUCAGGAUCAGAUUUUUUGUGCAACUCAUUCAAACAGUUUGUUGUGUUUAAUAGUUGAGUUUGAAUCCCAAAAAUCUAAUAAACUGUACAAUUCUGAUACUGUAAACUUGUGUUCAUCAGCUGUUUUAGCUUUAGCUUUAGCUAAUCUAUUUUCAAGCUUUCAAAUGAACAUGUAGAGCG